AGGCGAAUCUGGUGGUGUUGCUGCUGCUGCCGCCGCCGCCGCUGCCGCCACUGCCUUCGCUUGAUUGCCUGGACAGCUGACCAUGCACGGUAAAGGGAUGCCCUGAAGCCGUUGAAUUUGAUACAGUGGCGGAACGUAAACAAAAUAAACAACUUUUUAUUAACUGGAGUUUAGGGACCAGCCGCUGACAAAGAAAUUGCUCGACAUGCUUAGAGUUGCGGUGAUGGCAAAGCCAUGCGUUUUAAGGAAAACUUGCAGGUAUUUUCCAAUAGGCGUCGCACUGACAGACUAGCUUUCCUGUCCCUUGCUUAGAAUUAGCCACCCGACUAGUUAGCUAGCUAGGUAAGUCUGCAAUGUCGGCUAUGUUGUGUCUGAGGUGUGUUCAGAAAGGGUUAAAUAGUUUGUCAUAUUCUAGGAAAGGGUUACCUAAGUGUUUUGGUGACAUCUUUAUUAACUUAGUUAUAUAGGCUGUAGCCCAUACUGUUAACAAAAUCGUAUGUUAUCAGAUGAGGUUUUAGGGAUCCAUGUGAAAUGAGAAUGUUGACACAUUAAAAUGCUUGGUAUUUGGAUAUGUGCAUUGGAUAAGCAAUCGUAUAUUGUAAAGGCAUUGAGUAAUUGGUGGGAAUGCAUAACGUCAGAUGGACAGUUUUGAGGGAGAACAACUUAAGUGAAUUAAUUGACUCUACAUAGUCACAUAGCUUCAGGUAAUUUUGAUCCUAUGCGAGAAAGUCGGCUAUGUUCAAUUUGCUAGGUAACGGCAGUCAGCUGUCAGUGAAUGUCUUGCUGAGUUUAUCUUGGUCCACUCUAUGUCCAUCCAGUGAGUAACGUUAGAUUAAUCGAAGUGUUAAUUAGCUACCUCUGGCUAAGCGAGUGCGGCACAAAGCUGACAGCUGUUUUGUGUGUAAUAAUUGGACAGCAUUGUGUGCCAUUGGACAGUAGUUCACUUUUUGGAAAAUAAACAAAACAAUUGGGAAAGAAGACUAUAUGACCACUGAAUGCCCCUCAACGCCAUUGUCAUACUGGAAAAGUGGCGUAAGAUGAGGAAAUUGGGGAAAGCUAUCAAGUGAUGUCAGCAUUCAAUCAACGCAGCACUGUAAUGUCUUGUGUUUAUGCCUCGGCUGCCAGCGCGCGACAGAGGGAAAUGACGUUCUGUACUGGCACGUCAUCUGGAUGUUAAUGCGACCCGAUUCACGCCAGUUAAUGUUAAGUUACGCAUAUACCCCUGGACUCAAUUUCACAUGUACAAUAUUUCUUUUAUUAAUUUAGCAGCCGCUUUUAUCCAAUGCAACUUACAAAAUGAGGAAUAACAUUCAAGCUACAUUGCAAAGGAGUCAAUACUAGGCUACUACUACUAUCACCAUCACAAUAAAUACUAAUACCAGAUACAGAUACUACCAGAGGAUUUCAAAUGAUUUUUCAUCUGAAUGAGUUUUAUUAAAUUUACUCCUGAAACUUCCAAGGAGAAGAUGGAGUGCAAGUCAAGGCAUUUCGGGACAUCUUGGAAGUUGGCUGUAUUUCAUGGAUACGAAGGAUACUUUUUGACAUAUGAAUAGGCUGUUUAUGUAGAGAAUAAGUGAUGACUGUCUAACAUUAAUUUGUCGAGGUUGAUUUUUGAAAUCCCAUCAUCCGAGGCUCACAGACUGCCUUCAAGAGUGCCUCUUAAACAGUUACAACUUGCCAAAACUUUUACACAUGUUUACAUUGGCCCAAUUUUCAUUGCCCCAAUUGGGAGUAGGCCUACUGGAUGUUUUAAUGUAAGGCACAUAAAAGUUACAGGAAUUCCAAGGAAGCAAGCAUGCCUGUAAGGAAACGAGAUACAACUCGAGCCAUAGGGUUGUUGGAAGACUACUGCUCUAGACUAAGAAAGCCAGAAGAGCAACAGCUUAAAACUGCCAUUUUAAGAGUGAUGGACAUCUUCAAAAGUAGUCUUUUUCAAGCACUACUUGAUAUCCAGGAGUUUUAUGAAGCGACGCUGCUGAACUCCCACAAGAGCUGCGAGCAGAAGCUGGAGGAGGUCAACCACAUGGCCGAGAAGUGGGAGAGCCCCAGCCCCGGCUCCCCUACGCCUGUGCUGCACCACGCCCGUCCCACACAGGAGCAGACGGAGUCUAGUAGCACAGACUUAAAUGAGAAAGCAGAGGCCGAGAGCAGCGCAGCCACAGAGAACAGGCCGGCUGCGGUGCAGGGCUCCCAGUCCCCGCCCGUCGGCCCGCCCUCCACAUGUAUGAACCCGGCCCUGAUGAGCGCUCCAUGGUACCGGUACCAGGAUGAAGACUCGCCGCCCCAGGACCACGGCUUCCCCCGGCUGACCAAUGAGGUGCGUGCGCCGGAGCUGGUGCACGUGUCCGAGAAGAACCUGUCGGAGAUCGAGAAUGUGCAUGGCUAUGUGUCCCACUCCCACAUCUCGCCACUCAAGCCUGCACUGGUUACCCGUUAUGAUCUUACAUACCCGGGUGUGACAGCAGCAAACUACCUGGCAAGCCCCGCCCCAAUAAUAGUCAACACGGAGACCCUGGAGUCGGUACCCUACGUGAACGGGACAGAGAUCGAAUAUGAGUUUGAAGAGAUUACAUUAGAGCGGGGAAACUCAGGACUAGGCUUCAGCAUCGCUGGCGGCACAGACAACCCCCACAUCGGAGAUGACCCGGGCAUCUUCAUCACCAAGAUUAUCCCAGGAGGGGCUGCCGCUGAAGACGGCAGACUCAGAGUGAACGACUGCAUCCUGCGGGUGAACGACUCAGACGUGUCGGAGGUGUCCCACAGUAAGGCCGUGGAGGCACUCAAGGUGGCCGGAUCGAUCGUCAGGCUGUACGUCCGCCGCAGGAGACCCAUGCUGGAGACCGUCGUGGAGAUCAAGCUCAUCAAGGGGCCCAAAGGGCUGGGCUUCAGCAUCGCAGGAGGGGUGGGCAACCAGCACAUUCCCGGGGACAACAGCAUCUACGUCACCAAAAUUAUUGACGGCGGAGCGGCGCAGAAGGACGGCAGGCUGCAGGUCGGAGAUCGGUUACUCAUGGUAAACAACUACACUUUGGAAGAAGUGACUCACGAGGAAGCUGUAGCCAUAUUGAAGAAUACGUCUGAUGUAGUCUAUUUGAAGGUGGGCAAGCCUACCAGCGUUUACUUAUCGGAUCCCUAUGGGCCUCCUGAUAUCACACAUUCGUUCUCUCCAGCCAUGGAAAACCAUAUCUCUUCCCCCGGCAACAACGGUACCCUGGAGUACAAGUCCAGUCUGCCGCCCAUCUCCCCAGGAAGGUACUCCCCCAUCCCCAAACACUUGCUCGGGGAAGAGGACAUUAACAGGUUGGAUGGUUUUUCCUUCUUACGAAAUGCCUCGUUAGAUGAUGGGGAGGGUCACAGGUUUGAGUCCCAGCACUUCCAGUUGAGGGAGCCCAGGAAGAUGGUCCUGCACAAGGGCUCCACAGGCCUGGGCUUCAACAUUGUGGGCGGCGAAGACGGCGAGGGCAUCUUCGUCUCCUUCAUCCUGGCGGGCGGGCCGGCCGACCUGAGCGGAGAGCUGCGGCGCGGAGACCAGAUCCUCUCGGUGAACGGCAUCGACCUCCGCGGCGCAACCCAUGAACAGGCCGCAGCGGCACUGAAGGGCGCUGGCCAGACGGUGACCAUCGUCGCCCAGUACCGGCCGGAGGAACUCGCGUCGUGCUCCCCACGCCGGGCCCCGCAUCCAGCACCAGAGUACGGGCGCUUUGAGGCCAAGAUCCAUGACCUGCGCGAGCAGAUGAUGAACCACAGCAUGAGCUCCGGAUCCGGCUCCUUGCGAACCAAUCAGAAGCGGUCGCUUUACGUCAGGGCUUUGUUUGACUAUGAGAAGGCCAAGGAUAGCGGUCUGCCCAGUCAGGGCCUGAGCUUCCGGUACGGGGACAUCCUGCACGUGAUCAACGCCUCGGACGAUGAGUGGUGGCAGGCCAGGAGGGUCACGCCGGAUGGAGACAGCGAAGAGAUGGGCGUCAUCCCCAGCAGGAGGAGAGUGGAGAGGAAAGAAAGAGCACGGCUGAAGACGGUGAAGUUUAACGCCAAACCUGGCAGCAUUGAUUCUAAGGGGUCAUUUAGUGAAAAGCGUAAAAAGAGCUUCAUCUUUUCACGCAAGUUCCCAUUCUACAAGAACAAGGAGCCAGGGGAGCAGGAUGGCAGUGACUCGGAACGGAGUCAAGAGGAUUUGAUUCUUUCUUAUGAGCCUGUCAUGCGGCAAGAAAUUACCUAUGCCCGGCCAGUCAUCAUUCUUGGGCCAAUGAAGGACCGAGUGAACGAUGACCUGAUCUCUGAGUUCCCUGACAAAUUUGGCUCAUGUGUGCCACCUAACAGUUCAGGGCAAGUGGACACGACACGACCGAAGCGGGAUUACGAGGUGGACGGCCGAGACUAUCACUUUGUGACCUCCCGCGAGCAAAUGGAAAAAGACAUCCAAGAGCACAAGUUCAUCGAAGCGGGGCAAUACAAUGACAAUCUUUAUGGAACCAGUGUACAGUCUGUCAGAUAUGUGGCAGAGCGGGGGAAGCAUUGCAUAUUGGAUGUGUCUGGGAAUGCCAUUAAACGGCUACAAGUAGCACAACUCUACCCAAUUGCCAUCUUUAUAAAGCCCAGGUCCAUAGAAUCAUUAAUGGAGAUGAACAAGAGGCUGACGGAAGAGCAGGCGAGGAAGACGUAUGACCGCGCCAUGAAGCUGGAGCAGGAGUUUGGCGAGUUUUUCACAGCUCUUGUUCAAGGAGAGACCUUAGAGGACAUUUAUACCCAGUGCAAAAUGGUGAUCGAGGAGCAGUCUGGACCUUAUAUCUGGAUUCCCUCAAAAGAAAAACUUUAAGGAACAGAGAACCAUGGCAGGGAUUAUGGACUGCAAAAAAAGUAGAAAUAAUUUGUAAUAUAUGAUAAAUUAUUGCGGCGAUUGGUAAUUGUUAAUGAUAGUGAAUAAUAAUAACUUUUUUUGUUACGUUGUUUCUUUGUUUUUUGUUUUUCACUUUCAAUAUGAAUGUUCCUGAAUGUACACCACAAAGUGUUAGAAACAUGGCCUCGAAAACAGACUGUUUGUAUACUUAUUCAUUAGCAUUUUUAUUUGAGCAAGGCAAGUUCAACGCAGUCAGCAGUUGGAAUAGGUUCAUUCAAACAGCAGGAAUGAUCUCAAGCAAGAGGGACAGAGAGCAGAGAUGGAAUGAUCCGGAUAAUCUCACCAACACGUGGGCGAGAAUAGACCCAGUCUGUUCUCACCCUUCCUCUCCAGCUACCAAAUCUCAAGAAGCCUGAAGAGUUUCCAUGUCGCAUUAGUGGUUGACACAUUUCUGAUGAAUUUCGCAUCUAUGCACUCACAUGGCCCAUGGACAAUUUAUGUUUGAACCCUUCCUCCUGUCACAAGUCACUAUUUUUUUUUUUUUUUUUUUUUUAAUUUAAUUCAUUACAUUGUCAGAUUUUAUUUUGAAGAUGUUCCUUGGGAAAUUUUUAGUUUGAAAUUGUACAUUUGACAAAUUGUGUUUUAAAAAGAUGCUUUAAAAGUAAACAAAGGGAAACAGCUAGAAAUAGUAAAUAUGACACUAUAUUUAUAUUUUGUAUUGAUAGAGGGCACAACAGCACAGGAAAAAUAUUUAUAAUGAAGAUAUAUAACUUUGUUUAAAAAGAAACUUAAAAUGUAUUUUACUUGUACGAUGUAGUGGUGUUAUUGUGUAGAUGUAGUAAUUGAUGGGGAUGCUCUGUGAUGCUACAUAAAUACUUAGUGGUCCCUCGUCCACUGUGGACCAGGGGGGAAGUUGCUGUGUAACGCCGCACUGUGGUGACCAACACGUUUCCGCCGAAAUCCAGAGCUGUACAAGUCUCCUGCCCUCCUCGCCUGUAAGAGCUUUGUUGGAGGCAGGGAGGACUGGCCCAUGUGCUGUGUGUCCCCGUACUGAAGGGUCCGCAGAGAGAGAGAGAGGGGGGACAGGCAGGGGGAGGCGCUCCCAACACACCCCAGCUUCCCUGAAGCAUACUGAAAGUGUUUACAUGAAGUCCUGUUUACCUCACUUAGCACGCACUGAAGAGACAGACAACCGUUAGGGGCUCCACAUUAGGGUGCCCUGUGUGUCUAGCCGUUCCAGUUAGUGUACAGAAAAUCCUUGAGUGACUUGCGCAGUCAGACUGAUCGUUUUUUUUGUUUGUUUGUGGCAAAUAUUUUUCUGUGCACACACAUGGCAGUGCGUACAUGUAUUUAUUUAAUGCUUUAUGUAUAUAGUUGAAAAUGUACAUGAAUUUGCUUGUGUUUUCCUAUUAUAGCCCUUGCCAUGCUUGGCUGCCAUUGGUAGUGGAUACCAAACCACAGAUGCCAAAAGCAAUUGACUAGAAUAUGUGGAGGACUUAUCUCUGUUUUUUGCAAUACUAGCGUGGCUUCUAAAGCCUGGCAUCAUCCUAUGGCAAGGGACUUUUGACGUAUUGGUCACCACUUGCCUUAAAAAGGGGAGGGGUACCCAACAUGUCGGUACUCUCUGUGAGUGUGUGACAUCGUUGUAACCUGGUGAUUAUUCAGAUGGAUGACUUCUAAAUGGUACUGUAUGAGGGAGCCAAGGUGUGGGGGUUGAAGUGUUUGAAACAGAGGGAUACUUUUCAACUGUUUUGUUUUCCUGGCAAUAGGAAAAUCUGGUAGCCAUCUAAUAAUCCACUUCUACAGACAAAAGAAUUAUGCCAUGGCACUUUUCUUCCACAAAGAAAACUUCUCUAAAUUAUUACUAUUAUUUGUAGCAUAUCAAUCCUUCACAUCAGUUAUCAAAGUGUACAGUAUAUAUUUUAGGCAGAGAGGAGGAAUUAUAUGUCAUUUUAUCCCCUUAUAGUCUUUUCAUAUACCUGUCAUCUGGGUAGAUAUAAAAUGGUUGUUAUUCCUCUGUUGAAUGCAGUGGCCUGUGUUCUAGUAAGCAGCCAGUUGAAGCGUUAAUGAUGAAGGGUGCCCAUAUGCACAUAUGUUUAGUGCUGAACAGUGGAGUGGUGCUCAGCAUCUAGUGCUCUGUAAGCGAGAACUGAAUCCUUUCAGCACUGUAGCAGCAGCUGGAAAUUAAUGAAUGGUUUUUAUUUUUCUCAGGGUUGCCAGAUAGGGCUUUGCCAGAUAGGGUGUUCACACCACUCAAAUUUCAAACUUUAUGAUUUAUGCUUACACUGCAGCUAUCAGAACAGCCUUUUAAAAGGUGUGUUAUUUUUCCUUCAAUUUUAACAUUUAAAAAUAGUCAGCCCUCUUCUCUGUUGGUUUGCUAGAUGGUAUACUAUGGCAGGAGGUUGAACUUUGCUCUUCAUAGAACAUUGUUUUAAGGUCUGCAACUUCAAUUCUUCACAGUCCAAAAAAUGCUAUUGUAUUCAAGAGGUUCAUCUCAAGUUUUGUUUGUUGAAUCUUCAUUGAUGGUGUGCUGUGUUGUACGUACAGUGAAAUAUCGGUUGGCACUCCAUUGACACAUUUUUGUUUUUCGACAAAUACUGUCUAUGAAUCACAUCUACUUAAAUGAUGUCUUACUACAGUGUGGUAGCUCGUCUAAUUUCUGUUGGUCAGUGCUCCCAAAGUCUUAAAGAGGUCAUGUCAGCACUUUAUGGAGUCAGCUACUCAUCUGAAGAUGUCCUGAACUAUUUGGAUUUUGACACUGCAGUUAUCACAGCUGUAAUUUCACUUGAAGUAUGAGGUUUAGUGUACACAACAUUUGCCCAAAUUGAAUUAGCCCUUUCAUUGAGUAUACGAGUAUUAUUUCCAUUGAUUUGAUUGGUAUAGAAAUGCCAUAAGCACACUUAACACAAAUGGGACUAUAUAGUUACCAACACUUAUCUGUAACAGAAUACUUGUUUUAUUUCUGUCUUUGUUUGCUUUUUUAUUUUCUAAAAAAAUGAAGAAAAAAGAAAAUGAAAUGUGUCCUUUGCAUCAUGUUAAAGUAUAUACUCCCAAUUGCUUUGAAGAAUCACUUUAAAUACAUUGCUUUAGGUAUACAUGAGGAAGCUCUAUUCAGCAUCCGUCUUGAAAAACAAUGUAAAUUAAAGGUUUGGUGAGACUUUUAAA